UGCGUUUCCAAUGGCCAUGCAUGCCAUCUUACUGGCUGUGCUCGUUUUGUUGUUGCAAGCGGACAUCGACGCUCAGCAUCUAGGACAUUAUUGCUCAAAUAUUGCGGCAUCUUACGAAACUGGUUACGGAAAACAUUGCGCACAAUCGCCCAAAUCGAGCCCUUGCGUUGCAUUUCUGCAAGACAUUAUACCUAAGUUGGAAGGCUGCAAGAAUUUGACAGGAUAACUGAAACACUGUGCAUAGUCCUGGACCGGUUGCGUCAAU